AUGCUGCAACGUGCUGGAAAUCGCCCCAUUGUCUUGGACAUAGAUUCCCUACUGGCAGCAUACAUCGGACACAAUGCGUCUGACGAUCUGUACUGGCUCUUUAGCCAAGAGGGCCCAGACUUAUUGCCACGUACAUCCAAAAUCCUCUUCACGAUGGGUCUGCGCACAGAAGCCCUCAUGUUCGACGACUAUAUCAGCAACGGCCCUCUAGCCCCCGACCGUUUGACUGCGCUUCUGUCGUUGGGACAGCGUACACCAUUUAACAACCUCGAUACAUUUGUCUUCUCGUGGUACUCUGACACCGGAGUCAGUAUACCAGACAUGCAUUCUUCAACACUACGCUGCUUAACUCUUUCUGCGCUCAAGAUAGAGGAGCUUUCCUGUGAAAAAAAGUUGCUAGGCUACUAUGUGCGACAGCCGCUCAGCGAUCUUCGCGCCGACCUGUCGCAAUUGCUUAACGUUUUGCGUGCAUGUCCAAACUUGGCAAUGCUCACGAUUGAGCGUAUCGCCUUCGACGAGGACAAGUCAACUUUGCAACCGAUCAACCUGGACGCAGAGAUCAAGAUGGCCUGCGAGGACUCAAAUUCUGUUGAGCUCUUCAUGGCAUAUAUCAAUACCACGGGAUCCUGGACCAUCACCACGGCAUGUCGUGUUUGGGAGGCGCCACUCCCGGACUUUGUCCGCAGUCGUCUAUCUCGCUGCACUAGCGCGCACAUUGACCACUCCCAAGAACAUACGUUCAUCACCUUCUUCGAUAGGGAUGACUCUCACGCCAACUUUCGGUUGGAUGAAUCCUUUCGCCGCGCAUAUACCGACCUACUCAGCGGGGACAGCUCCAAUGUGCGGGUCUUUCCUGGCGGUAUCACAAUUGCCUACAGCGCUGAGAUGGAGAUACCUCUCAACGCCUAUGGCUGCCCCAUCGAACAUCUUUCCAUCCGAAGGAUGGUGCUUUGGGACUUGGACGAGCCCGGACGCGAGAGUUGGACAUUUCUUCGUGCAAUCCGCACUUUAUACACCCUGGACGUCUGCCAUGGGGAGAAGAACAUCAAUAUCAUUCUCCAGGAGUUGCCUUGCCCACAAAAUCUCAAGUACAGAUGCACCAGUCGCCACGCUAGGUCGUGUUGCUUGACUGAUCUUGUUGCAUUCUGCUCAGAUUGGAGAGGGAUGGGAGUGGCGCCCGAGUUGGUUACUGCAGUAGGGAGAAAGCACCCAUUGGAAGCAGAGUUGUGGGAGGGACAGUCUCUUGGCUGGUUUAGUGAUCUGCGGGCUUAG